UAUUAUUAAACUUGCAUUUUCUCGUUGAUUAAAAUUAAAGUUUCGAUUUUUAAGAAGCAGCCUACUUUUGCAAUCCAAUCUCUCUUAAAUUUUCCGACAAUUAAUCAAUCAUCAUCAACCCACUUCUCCAGUCUUCCCCAUCAUGGCGAAUUUGAGGACUGAUGCUCCCAUCUCUCGCCGUAUUACCCGUGCUUUCUUGGAUUUUCUCGAUUCUGUUGAACCUGCCCCUGGAGUUGAUCUUGAAGGUCUUGAAGUUGCCAAAGAUUGCUUGACAGAAGUAUUCAGACUUCAUCAACUGCCUGAGAGUGAGCAACCAGAACCUAAUUUAUUGUUAAACAUUUUCAGUUCUCGAGAAAGAGAUACUGAAAGUGAAGUCAGAAUCAGCCGUAGCGAGGAGGCCCAACCUGGACCAUCUGCGGAAAAUCAUGCUACGGGUGAUGUUUCAGGAACAUCCAAAAAUCAGGGUAAUGUUGAAGUGAGGGAAAGCAGUGAUACAGGGGUAUCUAAAGAUGAACUUUUUGGGCAAUUUUUUGAUGCUUUAGAAAAAAUCCGAUUCUUCAGGACAACAGCAAAUGGAGAUGAUGAUCAUGUAUUGCUAGAUAGAGCUACAAGCAUGUUUCACGAUGCUGUCAAUGAGAUGGAAAGAUCUGGAUGUAAGAUAUUUGAUCGUAAAAACUUGGCUGAUGCUCUGAAAACAUUAGGUAACAAAGCUGUGCAAUCUAAUGAAUACUCAGAUGCUAUUGAGCGGUAUACUUGUGCUAUUGCUCUUUGUGAAAAUGCAGUGUACUACUGUAACAGAGCAGCUGCUUAUACUCAGAUGCACAAAUAUAACGAAGCUGUUAAAGAUUGCCUCAAAUCCAUUGAAAUUGACCCAAAUUAUAGUAAGGCAUACAGUCGGUUGGGUCUUGCAUAUUAUGCACAAGGAAAAUAUAGUGAUGCAAUCAAUAGAGGCUACAAAAGAGCAUUGGAAUUGGAUCCAAAUAAUGAUGCUGUCAAAGAAAAUCUUCGGGUGGCUGAGCAGAAAUUGAAUGAAGAACAGGAGCAAAGACGUCGUUAUCAGGAUUCAAGGAACCAUUCUACUGGAGCAUCAGGAACCCAAGCUGUCCCACCACCCUUUGCAUCCGUUUCAUUUGAUGCUGGUACUAUUCCUGCCAAUUUUGCGAGCAUGUUCACUAAUAUUGCUGGAAAUGCAUCUCACAACCAGAAUGGGCAAGGCAGGCCCGCGGAAGUUCAUCAUGAGACACAAUUUCCAUUUGCAUCAACAAACUUUGAUAGCAAUGCUAUUCCCUCAGAUAUUGCUAGCAUGUUCAUGAAUAUGGCUGGGGGUACAUUUCAGGGGCAGGAAUCUCAGAGCAGGUCUGCUGAGCAAAACCAUGACAGCGGACCUACUAAUCCGCUCUCUAAUUUUGCUAGUAUGUUCAUGAAUAUGGCUGGACAAGGUUCUCAUGGACAAGGCUCUCAAGACCAACCACAAGGAGGUAAUAAUGCUGGUGUUGAUGGCCCAGAAAUAAAUGCUGGAAGCGCAAGCUUCAGCUUCAACUUUAAUGAGCAAACACCCGAGGAUUUAAAUAGGACUCUCCGAUCAAUGAUGGGAAUGUUCUCGGGGGACCUCAAGGAGAUCAACAGAGUGAUGAUGAUGGAAGACCUGCCUCGCGAUAACUGCAACAAGCCAAUAAAUAUGAUCACUAAUUCACUAGUCUGUCGUUCCUGUUAUCUUCAUGAUAUUUAUAUGAUAUUCACUGAGAUCGAUGAUGGGAAAGUUCUCGGGAAUCCUCAAGAAAAAUUCAGAGUGAUGAAGACCUGCCUUAAGAUAACUGCAAUGAGCCAAUAUAUGUGAUUAUUAUUAAUCUGUCAUCUUAAUGAUAAUUCUCAUUUUUUUUCUCUUGCUAUGUUUUUUUCUAGUACAGAUGGUGCAGGCUUCCCCCAGUUUUAGUUUUAAGUUUGCACAAUUGGUAUGCAUUAACUCCAAUCCUUUCAAUAAUUUGUACAUAUAUCUUUAAUUGCAUAUUAGUAAAAUAAUUAAAUGUUAAUUAA